AUGUCUCAGAACAGAAAACCAAAACUCUCCUCGUCCGAGCGUUUACCGGACGACGUCGUAUUCGACAUUCUGGUUCGAUUACCAGUGAAACCCAUAAUCCGAUUCAGGUGCGUUUCAAAACCUUGGUACUCAAUCAUCACAAACCCUCUUUUCAUUACCGCACAACUCAACCGAUCAAAAUCAUUGUUACCCAAUAAUGUUAAUGAUGAUCAUAAUGGUUAUCUGCUAUGUACAUCACUAGCUGUAUAUCCUUGCCAUGAAUUGAGUGUGUUUGUUCGCAAUAGCUAUCGCACAUUUACCCAGAUAUCAGGCUUUGAAAUCCCUUUUAGUUUUGACUCAUUCGUCGGCUUCUGUAAUGGCAUAUACUGCUUCUUUGAAAUCCAUUAUAGAAUAUAUUUGUGGAACCCAGUUAUCAAAAAGUUUAAGAUUCUCACUCCUACUCUCGUUUGUUGUGACAAAUUUUUUUGUCGCGGUGUCGCUCAUGGACUUGUAUAUCAUUCUCAAACCAAUGACUUCAAGAUUCUCAGAAUUUUGUUUGAGAAAGAGCUGCCGCUGGCGGAGGUGUACACUUUGAGUACUGAUUCGUGGAGAAGUGUUGAGAUAUCUGUUGAGUCAUUGAGAGGAUCUCCUAUUGUUGAUAUACGUGGGAAGCCCUUUGUAUUUGUUAAUGGAGCUCUGCACUCUCUAAUAAAUACUAAGGACCACAAAUUUAUUUUGUGCUUUGAUCUCAAUGAGGAGAGAUUUCGAGAGAUAAUGCUGCCGCAAAAUUACUUUGAUGAGUUUUCUAAUAAAUUUGAAUUACCUGAACGACUAGCAGUGUUCAAGGGAUUUCUGGCUUUGGUUGUUUUCGGCGGAUAUGAUAUAUGCCAAAUAUGGGUGAUGAUGGAAUAUGGUGUGGUUGAGUCUUGGACUAAAAUAACUGUACCAUUUGAUUCUGUCCUGAGGUUCUUGGGCUGCAUUGACUGUCAUGAAGUUAUGAUUAAAAAACCUAAAACAAGCUACGUUGCCUCAUUUGACAUUGAUAGUCUAGACAACAAUCUUGGAAUUGAGAGCUUGGUUUUACUUGAUGGGUAA